AUGUUCGUCUCACCGUCGGGUCUUUGGGAUGACGGGGCUUCUACCUCCACCGCCCGGUCAACGCCCCCUCGAUCCAGUGUUCUGAAUGAUCUCACGAACUGCAUGGGUGAGUUUCUCUCGUUCUACGCCGUUUGGGACACAACCACCUUAACAUCUAUGCAAGACCACCUGGCGGCCACCCUGGUCGCUUACGUGCGCAUGAUAAACUGGUCGACGGGUAACGUUGGGACAGCAUGAAUGAGGUUGUGCGUGCUUUUAAGACAGUUUUUUUUUGCAGGGUUACAGUUAAGCUAAUCAAGCGAAUAAUUUCAGAAAUUAUUCAGUGCAGGACAUGGAGUUAAGUCUCCGGGACGUGACUUUUUAGUGUCAGACUCGAAAUUUCAGUGAACAUUUGAGUCGGAGACGAUCAACUACUGUGGGAUAACCACGUAAUGUCCAUUCUACAAAGAAGUAGCCGUGCGAGAGGUAUGAAAUGCAUAUGGCAAACGUGUUAUACCGUGCUCCCGACUUAAGUCCACGUCCUUCACUGAAUGAUUUCUGAAAUUAUUCGUUUGAUCUUUCUCUAGCGUUUAUAUACCAGAAACCGCAUAGGGGACGCUGGGGAACCCUCUGAGGAGCCGGAGCUUUGCCAACUGUGGCAGGCAGCGGCAUAAUAUCAGCGAAACACGUGUAUGGGCUUGUAGUUAGUACCUAUGUCGGGAGUACGGUAUAGUACGUUUGCCAGUCAAGUUAAUGUUUGAACAGGUGAGAUUCUCAAGCGCACUAAAGGACUGGUGCUGACGGGGACGGGCUAGGACAGAUGGAGUCACCCAUACUCUUGGGAUUACCGCGGACACACAAGUGGGGUUAACGGUAUCUGUUUAGACGCUAGUGCCCAUCUCAGAAUACGCCUUACAGGUGAGAAAUCGCCCGAAUAUUACAGGAUGUGCCGAAUUUCCUGAAAAGUUGUUUGAUUUCCUUGGCUAUGCUCUCGACUUAGAGGAUUUCCCAAAUCCCAGUACAGGUCAAUAUACGGUUUUUGUUGAUUCCUGAUGGUGGACCACUUGACCAGACAACUGGAGUAACGGCCAACGGAUUUUCUAGGUUACUGAGGCAACCAAGACGGGCAGUGUGUUCGCUUGGACAGAGUCUACCAACGGCUGUGGAUCAGUAUGGGAACACGAAGUUCGUUGCCGGCUGACACCUGCUUUUGUUACUUCUCGGUAUGUGAAUCGAUGCGGUUAACCAGUUUCCUUCUGGAAGCGUUUACACACGUUCUGGUAUUCACGUUAGACGUGUAACCCUCGGCUCCGAAAGAACCCGAGCAUAAUAGGCGAGCACAUAUGAAACGAGGCUCGGGGACAUACUUCCUCCUAAAUUUCCUACAGAGGGAGUACCUACCUCCCAUGCCAGAUGCUUAUUACAGAGGACUUAACAGAAUUCUUGAGAUGUGGUUAUUUAUGGUUCACGCUCUAUUUUUGCAUUGAGAAGCUCGACAAUUCGCGCAUAUUCCGAGAAACACUAUUCGUCUUUUGCUUCAUCGCCAUAGGCUCCCGCCCUCCAGUCUCCCUUGGAGUCAUUUUCUGAUUCAUUUUCGUGUCGUUUUUAGGAAACUAUCCUAGGAUUUACCGGUCGCCCCCUCACUCAAACCAGGUCUCGUAAGCUACCCCUUACUGUACAGUAUAGGAAAGGAUAUUGACGAAGGCGGGUUGGGACGGAUAUUUCUGGCCUAUGAGCCCCAGAUUUGGAUAACCUGGGAUUCAAACCAGACGGUUGAGCCACGGGCCUGUUCUGUCGGCUGUGAUCGGAAAUAUUAGCUGUGUUGGAGGUUUCUUCGCAGAUCGCGUUACGGAGCAUUCUCGUCCCUUUGCGCAUUGGAUCACAAUCUACAGAACCUCACAGGCAGAAAGGAAUACCACAUGAUUGUCCCUCUUCUGGGGUUGUUUUAGUGUACCUUUGGGAAGAAAACCAUCGUCCUUUCUUUGAUGGGUUUUAGAACCUCCCAGUAACAAAGCAAGCAUCCAGCAAAAAUAGCCCUUCUGUCUUAAAUAGUUAAGAAUACCACGAUCCCUCUCCUAAAGGACCCUUAUUACCGCCAUUAUCUUAUUACAGGUGGUCUAGGGCGGGAAUUAUAUUUCAAAAAACGUGUCUUUUUUAUAUAAUAAAGUAAGCGCACAGUGCGAAUACGGUUCAUUUUCCUUUUCGCACAUUUAAAAGCAAGUUUCCUCUCUUAACAUACCCGUAUUAAUACCAUUCCCGUAUUACCUCCGUCAGUACGACAGUCGCGAACGACGUCAUCCACCGUGUAGUCAACAGCAGGGUGGGCGCAGUGACGGUGACUUGCACUCGAUCUAGUUUAUAUUGAUAGCAGACUUGUGCUGCGUCUACCGCACUCUCAUCUCCCCCACCCACCCGAGCCCGGUGUCAAGACAGAGUUAAGAGGACCGCAGGCUAGAUCGGGUGCAGCGGUGGACUAAAGUUAAACGUCCCGUCCACUCUUGAUUCGCGCUUGGUGGGUCAGAAUUUCACAGCAACAGUAAGUGGGUCAACUCGGAUUCAAACUGAGUGGGAGUGUCACAGAGUUCACAGUAAGAAAAAGCCAUUUCAACCUGACUCAUUCCUGGGAGGAGGACCGAGUUACCCCGUUAGUUGUCGUCAGCCUUUCAAGCCACGGCUUUUGGCGCACCAUGAUAGCGCGUCCAAUUGUUCAUGAGGAAUAUGCGUUGAGUGCCAAGGAGAGACAGCCUCCCGAGUCGAGGUCACGCUCCUCUCUCCCAUUCCGCUGUUUGAGUUGGUCAACCAUCUGGUGCAGAGAUUGGACGCAGGUUGCUGGUGCGGCGUUGACCUGCGCCUAGGCGUACUGCUGUGUGCGGCAUUUGUAAUGGGUGCGCAGUCCAAAUAACGCAUUUCGUACCCUGACCUGCCUCGUGUGUUGAUCCAGCGCAACUCCCGUUGUAUGGAGAACUUCAGUGUGUUAAAGUAACGGAGGUAGACGUAUUCCCAUCGAAACAAAUUUUUUUCUAGUAAGGUUGGAGGUACUUAUUUCCUACACUUUUUACGAGGAAUUACGUCUCAAAAGCUUGCGUUGGUGCUGAAUACUUCGAUACUAACAGAUUAGAUAAUUUGGCCUUCACUAGAAAGAAUAACAAGCGUUCCCAUCUGUUCCUAUGGCCACCAUAUAGUGUAAGUGACACUUUCUAGAAAUGUUUUAAAUUUAUUUUCUUGUCCUCCUCAGAAGAUAUCUGACACUGUCAAGGUAUGGAAAUAGAUUUAGUCCACACUGUUUACUUUUAAGCAAACUUAAUAAUUUUAUCGGUUUUAGUGUUCGCAGACGCCCUUGCAACGAUGUCAAGAAUUAUUCCCAUCUGAAGGGAAAACUUCGGUUCUAAUACUCUUAGAACUGAGGUGCUAAAUCUCAACAUGGUCUGCGUUCCUACCAUGAGCUUUGCGCACAUUCUUUUGCAUAAUGUGCAUUUUUUAAUGGGCAUCGACGUCUGGAAUUAAUGCCAGUUAAGCAGUCACUCUUCUCUAUUACAUAAGUGGCUAAAUGCAUUCCCAGUUGAAAUCCAGCAUGUUUUGGGCACUCACUGUGGUCACUUCCCAUUGUUAGCGCGAUCCUUUUUACAGCCGUCCUUCUCUGCUUGAUAGCAUAAACACCUGUUUCGGUAGUUGUUUCAAGGGUUUCCGCGACUGCACGCUCUUGAGUCAAGGUGGAAUUAUUUCUGACCCUGCAUGUAUCGUCCCCGUCCCUAAUUCUCAAUUUGACGGUUUGCAUUUUCGGGGCUUUUAGGCGACCACCAGCGAAUCAAUCGCACCGCCUCCACCAUCCAGACCGUGGAACACUGGCAGGCAAUGUAAGUGUUUUUUUUCAUUUUUCGCUCUGCUUUGCGUCUUUUACUUCAGUGGUUUUGACUUAUCUCCCCGCAUGUACAGUUGUUGUAAUGUCCAAUCUGAGGAGUUCAGUGGUAGUGAGGAAUCUGGAUGAGUGGAAAUGAAACACUUGUUACCAUUGGAUGACAGAAAUCUCAUCGCUGUUUGCCUCCGCUCCGUGUACUGCGCUAAGACCCGUCGGCUUAGAUGGUAAUCAGGCAUACUAGGGUAUCCACGUUUUGUACAGUGGGUGGGCUAACUCAUGAAAUGUCAACCGAAAUUCCGAAAUGCGUUUUCGUUUCGGGAAGAUUAAUUAAGUAGGGUUGUAAAACUAGUCAGCCUGCAACAUAAUUCUACAAUAUUUCAGUUACCACAGGAUGCGGGCUUUCGAACGAACUUCCUUCUGGUUACGUGAAAAAACUACACUCUGCGAAAAAUUACUACUUAAGUAGCAUGCAUUUUUCUCAUUGAUUUUCGAUGCCCCUAAAUGUUCAAUUAUAUUUCAUAGAAAACAAAUAAAAAUAUUCUUUUGCUCAUUCUGUAGAUAAUUACGUCUUCUUCCUAUCUUAUAUUCGGGGAAGGCAUAAUUUGGUUUUCAAAAACUUUUCCAAUUCCCGAAUAAUUUUGAACCCGCUCUACCGUUACACUUGGAUUCAGGGUUUCCAAACUACAAGCCGGAUAUUUUCCGCGUACGGAAAAACACACAAUUCUCUACGGUAAAAAGGGGGCCAUAUAGGGGUCCAUAAAAUUUAGCGGGGGAUUGGAGCCAUAUUGUUAGGUUUACAAGCCACAUUGGUAAAUGCAGAGACAUGACGAUUUAUGAACGACCAUUCCACGGUAUUUAAAAGUCCCACAAUUAGAAACUUUGUAAAACCGAAUUAUGGCCUUCCUUCGAGUAUAAGUUUGGAAGAAGACGUAAUUUUCACCGAAUGAGCGAAAGAAUGAAUAUUUUGAUGCAUGUUUCCCAUGAAAUAUGAUUGGACAUUUACGGGCAUCGAAAAUCAAUGAGAAAAAUGUAUGCUACUUAUGUAGUCGUUUUUUUUACAGUGUAGUUUGUGCAUGCUGCCGGAAAGAAGUCCAUUCGAAAGCCGGCAUCCUGAUGUAACUGAAAUAUUAUAGAAUUAUGUUGCAGGCUGACUAGUUUUACAACCCUACUUAAUUAAUCUGUUCGAAACGAAAACGCAUUUCGGAAUUUCUGUUGACACUUCAUGAGCUAGCACACCUAGUUUACGUAUGCUAGUGCGGCUUCGGUUGAUUGCCCUUUUAAAAGGUUUGUACAGGCAUUAACGUUCAUCCUUUUACGUCGCAAUACUAGCUUCACGGUCUCUCUCCAGGGCGGUGAUGCUUUUUUGCUGGACAAUUACUUAUCUAGGUUUUCGGAAUAGACCUCUUGGAAAUGUUGUUUCCUACGAUUUAUCUGGACGCUUACAGGGUAAGACACGGGUGGUCUUACGCCAAAUUCCAUGGAGCGUAACCUACGCAUAACCUUAAACUAAACCUUAGCCUUGAAAUUAGGGUAAGGGUAUGUUUUACGCCCGGGGUCACCUACUUCGGGGAGCAAUUGUGCUAAAAGCGAAUGACUGGCGAUAUUUAUUUGUAGGUACCAGAGAAAGGAAUGAGAAGACCACUCGGUGGCUGCUGCGUUAGGUUGGCCAAGGGGCUUUAAGGUAUUCAUCGAAUUAUAAAUACGACAAUGCUUCCAAAUGGGCACUAACGUUAUGUAUUAUUGGCUUUGAAUGGUAAAAAUAAUGUCCCCUUUUGAUUGGUGACAGAAUGGAGGAUCAGCAUUUGCGAUACCGCAAAGUUCUUGGAUGUUCGGCUCUUUGCCUCAACAAAAGUACUCCACGGAGUAAGUGACCCCGGGCGUAAACCAUACCCCUGCCAAAAUUAGCCCUUUAAGUUAGACCAUAACCUUAGCCCCAAUUUCCCUAAAUUUUGGCGCGAGGCCACCUGUACUACGGGGAGGUUCAUAUUUCUUUGUCUUACCGUCUACGAGUCAGUUUAAGACGUGCUCUUUAAAGUGUCAUUAUCCUCCAAUACAAGUUAGUCAUCACAUUUAAGAGACUAUACAACACUCAUAUGUUCAUGCUGCAUCACCCUUCGAACCCCCAAGCACAAUCUUUGACAUUCGAUUUUCAAUUCCAAUGCCACUGGCGUUCGAAACUCACGGAGUGAAUCGGUCAGUUUUAUACCGCCUGUCUCGCAACUUUCGGUGAGUACUGUCAGUAAAGACAGAAGAUUGGGCAGGACACACUCAUAAUUACCUCCCGGCCGUAUUGCAGAUGACCUUGCCCUAAGUCCCGGGGGUUGGUGUUAGGGUUUGGACACAGGCGUACAGCAGGUGGACUAACUCAUGAAAUGUCAACCGGAAUUCCGAAAAGCGUCUUCGUUUCGGAAAGAUUAAUUAGGUAGGGUUGCAAAACUAAUCAUUAUGCAGCAUAAUUCUACAAUAACUCAGUUACCGCAGGUUGCCGGCUUUCGAACGAAUUUCUUUCCGGCUGCAUGCAAAAACUACACUCCGUAAAAAACGACUACUUGCGUAGCAUACAUUUUUCUUACUGGUUUUCGAUGUCCCUAAAGGUCCAGUUGUAUUUCAUGGAAAACAAAUAAAAGUAUUCAUUCUUUCGUUUAUUCGGUAGACAAUUUCGUCUUCGUCCAAUCUUAUGCUUGAAGGAAAGGUAUACUUCGGUUUUUAAAAAGUCCCUUAUUGUGAGAUUUUUUAAUACCGUGAAAUGCCCGUUCGUAAAACAAUAGUUAACAAUAUGGCUCAAAUCCACUGCUAAAUUUUAUGAACCCCACAUUGUCUCCUCUUAAUGCCCUAAUGCAAGUGUAACCGCGGGUUAGGUUCACAUGUAUUCUGGAAUUGGAAAAGUUUUUAACAACGGAAUUAUACCGUCUUCGAAUAUUGAAUUGGAAGGAGACUUCAUUUUCUAUCAAAUAUGCAAGAAAAUAAAUAUUUUGAUGGAUGUUUUUCCAUGAAUUGUAAUUGAAUUUUUGAGGACAUUAAAAGUCAAUGGGAAAAGUGCAUGCCUCUUUAGUAGUCACUUUUUACGGAGUGUAGUUUUUGCAUGCAGGCGAAAAGAAGUUCAGUCGACUGCCGGCAUCCUGAGGUAACUGAAUUAUUGUAGGAUUAUGCGGCAUGAUGAUUCGUUUCGCAACCCUACUUAAUCUUCUCGAAACGAAGACGCUUUUCGGAAUCUUGGUUGACAUUUCACGAGUUAAUCCACAUACUGUAUGCAUCGCCGGGAAUCUAGCGUAAAGUCGCCUGCAGUACGGGGGAUACUUAUUUCUCUGUCCAUCUAAAGAUUGGAAUGCUUAUUUCGGGCCUAUAUAUGUGACCACACAGCGGGCUAAAUAACCGUAGAAAACGAAUGACUGACCACCGCGAAUGUAGCUUGAGGAUAUUAAAUGCGGACGUCCUCUUGUUCGCGCAUGGAUCAGCAACACCAUUGAUCCUCUCGCUGCUUAAGUAACAGCUGGUAGUGACAGCUGUUCCAAAGGUGAGUCCUGGGAAGAGCACACAGGAUAAGAAGUUUCAGACGUUUUAUUUUUCGUCCAGGAACACCCUGAACACGUGGGAUCACGAAGAACGGUUGGUGAAUAGGUGCAAGCCUUUACAACUGUCAAGGCGACGGUCAAGAACGACUAGACAUAACCUUGCAAAAGUCCAUCAACAAAGUCUGUGACCGUUUCGAAAUGUUUCUAUGUGGUAUUUACUACCCACAGCGCUAAAUAUUGACGGAAUUCGAAAGAGACGUCUCUAAAACACGAGCACUCUUCGACAUAGGAGUGAAGGUUCCUUGAGUACAAUGAAGGAUAGGGUGGGCAUUUGGACAUCCACAGAUAACCACAUUUAGGGGUUGAGGGAUGGGCCAAGACCGCAGGAGUCAAAUGUAAGUUUUACUUAUCUUCUCUAAACGCGAUUGGACAUAAAGAGACCCAGAUAUGCUAUAAGACAAAGUGACACCGGGGUAUAGUAUGGAGCUUUAGUUGAGAGACGAUCAAAGGACACAGGAUCAGGAACUUUUUACGACCCAAAACACGCUGGGUCGACUUCUGGUCGGCAAAGAGAAUACAGUUUUAUGCAAACUGUGCUUCGUCGUUCAAGCCCUCCUGAGGCAGUUGAUCGUCAUUUUUGGCGGAUUGAUCACUUAGUAGUGUUACCAGCAUAUUUGAAGCAUACAGCGACCGUAUUUCCUCAGUGCGAAGCGAUAAGUGAAGGAAUAAUACGAUGGCUUAUAAGACGCCGGAGGUGCUGGAGCUAAAAGUAGAUUUGCGUUUUCCAGCUUGGGGAAGUUGGGUUCUUAACAGAGGACAUUUUGCAGGAAGCAAUAUGACCGGGAGAGCCUCGCUCAAGUGUUUCAUGGGACAGUAUUCAAUGCGGAAUAAAUCUAGAAAUGCUCAUGUAUAGAUACAGGAGCCCUUGUCCAGGUCUUUUAGUGGCAACAGCGUCUAGAGAUACCGUCCUUCGCGUUGUAAGUAAAUUACAAGGAUCACAGGUAAAGGAAGCUGGAAAGUUUGAAUUCAGGUGAUCCGAAGAGCAAGCAACGAGACAUGGGAUUCCGGGGCAGAUGUAUUAAACUUUAGGAUAUGGACGGCCCUUAGUGUCCGAAGCAUCAGGCAUCGUAGCUCCCCUAAGAGAAGGAUUAAGAAAGUACGUAGAAACUGGUGCGAACUGAAAAAAGCAUGGUAUAAGGGGAGACGAACAGAAAUUGUCUACUCUAGCAGACGUAGAAUUGCGACUCUGUGGAAUAUGUUUACCAGUCGUAACCUCUAACACUGAACAAAAGGCGCUUUCUGGUAGAGCUUGAGUCUUAAAACUGCAAUUUUAGUUUUCUGUCGAGGUAUCGGGGACGGGCGAGGGUAUCCCCUGACGCUGAGAAGGGUUAUCAGCGUACGUCUAAGUCGAAACCAACAUGGACGGAGGAAGUCCGUUGGUUGGCGAAACCUUUGACACUUUUCCUCAUCCUGUCAAGGGAGGGAUGCGGAAGCGGGACACAGGAAAGUAGGACACGAGAAUACACGUCCUCCCGUACGACGGAUGGCCUUGCGCUAACUUCCGUGUGGGUACAUAUUCCCGUGUCCUAGCACUAACCUUUUAACCCCUGACCUGACGUCCUUGCGACCUAGCGUAAGGUUACCUGUCGUACGGGGGACGGGGGUACCUAUUCCCGUGUCGAACCUAGAGUAGAUCUGGGAAUAUAUCUUGAAUGUUUAGGGUAGAGAAGGAAAUUUCGCAAAAACUUUUCGUGUGGAUACCAUAGUCCAAGAAGUGUGUUUACAGGGAUUGCAGACGUGAGCCUUGGAAAGUUCAAGCAUUGGCCGGUUCAAAGUUGGCGACAACAGACCGUAGUAAACAGACUUUCAAGUAGAAGUGUCAGGAGGCAUAAUGGUUCGCUCGGGCUCGGGCUUGGGCAACAGUGUCUGUUUAGUUUUGUAGCUAGAUUUUGAGAAGCCCUGGUGGGAUGGGGAGGAUGACAGGCAGGCGAAGAGGCCCUGAUUAUAACGUAAAAAGGGCUCCGGUAGCAAGUGCCAACGUGGCCGAGCGGGGGAAAUGGGGACAAGUAUUGAGGGAAAAUAUGUGUGCGAAUCCCAAGAGGGUGGGCUAAUUUAACAAGAUUGAGAUAGACAACAGAAUACACAUUUUUCUAGGCAUUACAACUUAUUUUUCUGCCAGAAGGUCAGCAACAGGCAAGGGAGUCUCAGUGAUAACGCAGGCUAUGCUCUUGGGGGAUACCAGCCUACCGGACAGCGCUUACAUCUUAUACGAUCUUCGGAGUGGGAAAUGGCACCUUAAAGUAGUUGUCCUAGUGUUCCUUGGUAAGUCAAACAACCCGCCCCUCCCACCUGCUACCUGUUGAGGAUUUGAGGCACCAGUAAGGCGGGGGCUGGGGUUCCAGUUCUCGCGUUUUUAUAUGGACCGAUAUUUCAUUAAGAGAAACCCCCGACAGGACUUGUGGUUUUGGAGUCGAAAUUUUGGCCAAAACUGUCAGUGGAACACAGUCGAUCAGCUUAUUGCAUGAGUGACAGACAGGACAUUACUCGUCGUAGAUCGCAGGUGCGCAUAACAUUGGCACAAGUGUACGCACAGAGCAUGCAUGAUUUGCAUCAUUUUACCAGUACGAAUAAAGGGUCAAAAAUAGUUCACCUCAUAUUGCGAUAAAUACGAAAACUCGUGGAGAUAAGUAACGGCUACCCUAUUGUAAAAGCCCGCCCGGACAGUUAGUUCCGGGGUGCCUGUUUAUUGCUCUGGCAGAUGUGACCAUCGAGACUGCCGAAAACAGUCGCUAGCUGUGCCUGCUACUAACGGUUUUUUUCAUUGUACAUACAAGAUGUAAUUUAUGCCGAAAAGACGUCAUUUAACAGAUGUCAGCCCCAUUACGCAGCCGGAUUUGCUGUAAUCAACGGUCCUCAACUAAGGAUGUGCAAAGCGGCUUUGGGGUUUUAGAUUUUGAGACAUCUUGGGGUUUAAUCAAGUUACACCGUGUUGCUGGCACUUUUGAGCGGACAAGCCAGUUGUGCGAGAGCAUGCCGCAGGACUCUACCCGGUUGUGUGACGCCCCUCCCCUCCUGCUCGGGAAAGACAGCACUACAACUGAAUGACACGACCCCCCCCCCCCGAAGGUCGCUGUUGCAGGCGCUCCACGUCUUGACAUUCCGUUGACAUUUGAGCCCGGGUGACUACAGCCCCCAUCUUCCCCACCCCCGGUCCAUUCGCGUGAAGGCCCUCUCGCAGCUACAGGAGGGUGCGGGUCUGCACCCGGAGGGGGGGGGGAUUUUACGAUCGGUUCCCCGCCCGCUGUGCCUGGGUGUUCUCCAACCCGCUACCACCACCGUAACGGUAUCGUUUGCUGCACCGUGUGUGGCCGUACUUUGCGUACAGAGUCCGGUCUUGAUCAAAUGGGACCCGUCCGAUCUUGGCUCAUUCAGCGCACCUUAGUUGUCCCUAAUCGCCGAGUAAGUUUCAAGUACCGGCGCUCACCUUCGCGUUUUCAUCGCCUGGGUGGUAUCCGAGUUCUCUAGCAGUUUUCAAAAUUUGUGGUCGUACCGUGCAGGGCUUGUGCGUCCAUGUUGCUAGCGCUCGAGGCUGUGGUCGCUACGAGAGUAAGCAGCCCUUACACUGCCGACCAAUCAGACUGUCACCAGAGGUCCAAAGAUGGUGGAGACGCCCGCUAUGACUGGCUUGGCGCCUCUCUAAGGGCACUCCAAAAGUUAUGACUCAGUUAUAGUUAGUUUUUUUUGACCGAAAACGCUUCAUAGUUGGUUGUCACUCGUGUCAGUGGGCUAGGGCGAUGCUGAUAGCUGGACAGAAGCUGGUGGCGAUGUCAAGAUCCUUGAGUCCAUACGGGUCGUAUUCCCGCAUAGGGUGACUUCGAUGUGGAGCCGUCCUAACCGUAACCGAACUCUUGGAAGGGCAUGAUCAUGUCGGGCCCACGUUUUGCAUAGGCGGGUUUCACCAGCGUGCGGCGAACUUAUUUUUAAGGUAGGAACUAUUUGAAAGCAGAAUGGACAGGUGUAUCCUCCUCUGCGGAGAACACUCAGUACAAUGAAGUAGUUGAUCGCAACGAAACUAAUCAUCAUCCACACAGCUGUCCCCAAUUACGCAGUGGUCCGGGAGCCGCUCCUUGUUCUGCCAUUCCAGACACCCGCGACAACACAAGGUCGCUCAUUGGAAUACACCUUGAUUGUCAUCUGGACUUUGUCGUAGAAAUCGUCUUUCUGCUUAUUGCCAGCAUCCCAGCCAUCGAGGGCUACACAACAACAGUUGUACGCUUGGCAGUAUUAACGUAAUGAAGGUGCCCAAGUACAACCUUGAUGACGCCAGUUACCAGCCUGAUAAUUCUGGACGAUUGUUGCACACACACUGCGGUAGAUGCGAACACAAUCUUAUAUUCGUGCCUGGCACCUUGGUGCUGCGCCAGCUAUGGUCUGGUAAACUCACCCUGAAGGGCCAGACAACGUCCACGCUCAACUGUGCCAACGUUUGCACGGUGGGGCUCUACGUUCGCAACGUGGCAAGAGUUCUGACCUUCAACUAUACGAUGUGCGGCGUCCCACAAUAGGGCCACCGUGCGUACUUUCUAUCUGGCCCGUUGACAAAGGUCUCGACGCGAGUCUGUCCUGAACGCCCUGACAGAAGCCGCAAUCCGUGGUUCUUUGAGUGUGUCCAUACCCUUGGGGUUCGGGGGUUUGGUACAGGUCGGGUCCCAUAGGCCACUCCUGAAGCAAAGGCAGCGGCCGUUCAUACUCGGCCCGUCGUCAUUGAACUCUGCGACAUUUUGUGGUAUGGUAGGUUUUCCCGAUCCCCAUCCUCCGCUUCCUGCUAGAAGUACUGUCUUCAGUCUGAGAUUGUCUGUCAGACUCAUCCAGAUGUCCGUCAUCCAUUAACGCGCCAAGUACUCAAUACAGUAGAUGUGCUAAUUCAUGAAAUGUUGGCCGAAAUUUUGAAUUGCGUUUUCGACUCAAAAAGAUUACCUAAGUAGGGUUGUAAUAUUAAUUACCGUGCAGCAUAAUCCUACAAUAGUGCAGUUACUUCAGGAUGCUGGCUUUUAAGUAGACUUUUUUUUCCGGCCGCUUGCAAGACUGCAUUUUGCAAAAAGUGCUUACUAAAAAGUGUUAAUUUUUCUCAUUGAUUUUCGAUGUCCAUAUAAAUUCAGAUAUAUUUCAUGGAAAGCAUGAAUAAAAAUAUUUAUUCCUUUACUCCUUUGGUAAAAAACGUUACGUCUUCUUUAAACGUUAUACUUGAAGGAAGGGUAUAAUUCGGUUCCAAAGGACUUUCGCAAUUCCCAAAUAAUUUUGAGCCCGACCUUCCACUAACUUGCAUUCAGGGUUUCAGCUGUAUAUUUUCCUUGUACGGAAAUUCGUAAAUUUCUAUACGCCUAUGAAGGGAAACCAUGAGGAGUUCAUACAAUCUGACGGUGGAUUUGAACCAUAUUGUGAACUUUACAAGCAAUGCAGUGACACGAUGUCUUAUGAACGGGCAUUUCAUGGUCUUAAAAAAUCUCAUAAUUAAAAACUUCCUUAAAAAUGAACUAUGCCUUUCAAGUGUAGAGACUGAAGAAGACGUAAUUUUCUACCAAAUGAGUAAAUGAACCAGUAUUUUCAUGCAGGUCUUCCAUGAAGUAUAUUUAAAUUCAUAUGGACAUCGAAAAUCGAUGAGAAAGAUUUGCACUUUCUGGUAGGCACUUUUUGCAGAGUGCAGUUUUGCAGGCGGCCGGAAAAUAAAGUUGACUUAAAAGCCAGCAUCCUGAAGUAACUGAAUUAUCAUAGGAUUAUGCUGCAUGGUAAUUACUAUUACAAUCCUACUUAGGUAACCUUUUUGAGUCGAGAACGCAUUUCAGAAUGUCGACUAACAUUUCAUGACUUAACACACUUCUAUGCCUGGGCUGACGGACCUGAGCUUCUGUCUGCUAACUUGUGUUAUUAUGACGGCAUGUGUAGACCACGCCCCAGACGGGAUAUUUUGGCAGAUUCGUUUACUCGUCGCUGAAAUAGGGUUUUCUCUGGGAGUGCAAACAAACUUCCACUCAUAAAUCCUGAUUUUGGUGUAACCUGUGAUGCUUGGCGCUUGCCCACCCUGACCUAGUAUUUUGUCCAGGCAGCUUUGCGGAUUGUUGAGAUCGUGGUUCGAGUCAGUCACAGCAUUAGCCACUGACUAUUGCACAUUGCUUGAUUUCCUUUGAGUUUUUAAAUAUGUACCUCGGCGGUAUCCGUCAACAAGGUGACAUCUCUCCGUGAAAGUCUUGUGAAUGCCAAUAGGAACGAAGAUACGAGUCCCAGGAAGCAGUAGUGAAUAAAGAGACACGAUCGCCGGGACAAGAGCUUUAUUCGCUUGCGGUCUCGGAUUCCGGCUCGAACCCACCAUCGGAGACAAAAGCAGAUACAGGUCUUGUGAAUGAACUAGUUUGUGGUUACCGCCUACAUAAGCUUCGGACUUAAUCGAGCCAGUGUCCGGGGGGUCCUCACAGCCAACAUGUGCUGCACCCCCUCCCCUGAUCGUCUACUAGAGGGCAGACGAUCACUGGGUUCUAUUUGGGGGAAACUGCAAAUGCCAUUUUCGCGGACUGAAGUUGGACGGUUGACGCACCUUAAGUGCUCCAGGAUCUACGCUUUUUCCCACAGCAGAGUCAUUCUGCCGGGCAGCUACGCAGUUCCCGUAAGCUGGAUCCAUAGACCGCUGUCGACGUAUCGCACAACGUUUUUGUUAUCAGGAUUUCACUAGUCUCGUUUCCUGACGGACACAUACUUCGGUAGCUAACAGAGGCGGCGUUUGUCACAUGUGUCCCCUGCAGAGGGCCACGCUGUAGAUGCGCUGGACCAAUACGCGGUGGUCAGAUGAGGGUCCGGUACGCCUUAUUGGGCUGCGUCCACACAACAAAUGCCGCAUACAUGUGGACUAUGGUGGCAUGCCUGGCGCAGGAUCACGUCGCACCAGCCACCUGCACCCGAUCCCGCCUCUGGCCCCCCCGCUGACUCUGUCUCGACGCCGGGGGCCCAGGUGCGUAAGCGAGGAAAGUACCGUAAAUACAGCGUAAGUUUACUACCAUUAUAAACUAAUUCACGCCCAAGUCACCAUCCCUGCCGCCGCACCAUGCGGUGGGCAUCGCGACAACGACGGUCAAUUUUUCGUAUCCUGUCCAGCCACCACUUUCGCCUGUGUGAACGGCGUAAACCGGCCUCCGCUGGAGACACUUUAUCUCUGCGUUUGCGUGUGAAGGGAUAAACAGUGCGUCCUUUAAUAGGGCUGUGGAGGUCUUCCAAACGGCUGUGGUGUCACAUGGCCCACGACUGGCAUAACAAAAAACACUUGGCCAGGAUUUCAACCAACAACAACAAUUGGGGGAGGGACGCUGGGAUCCCAAUUGGCGCGACGUGAGCCGGCAACUGGGCCUGCCACUGCGUCCCGAAUGUUGGCAUUUGUUGAGUGCGCAUUCCCGAUACCGCCUGCCACAGUCCGAUCUGGUCCCCGUCGUGACCCAGCGCACCUAUCGCGUGACCCAUUUUAGAGGCACACCAACUGGCGUAGUGAAUUAACGACCAUAUCCGUGGGCUCGUUAGGCGGGAGGGGGGUGCGAAACUACAAGAGCUCCUAUGGAGCGUGGAAACACGCCAGACACUCACGAUUCCGGGGUGUGCCUGCUGUGCCGAGUGCCGCUUCUCGAAGCAACAGGUGGCACAAGUCUAUCUGUGCAUUUGGAUGAGCUGAAAGUCUAUUAGUGUACUAACGCCCACGGUGGGUAGCAAAGUGCUUGGUGUACAACGAGAAUCCCCGAUACAUACGCACCAAACUAUACACGCGGUUUUACCGCGUUGGAAGGGAUAUCUAGUUGCCAUCAUAUGAUUUGACCCGACAGUCGAACCGGUACCGGAGUGUGGCCGCUGCGCCGCUUGUAAGGGCGUUCGGACGAAGCGGUGGUUGGAUGAGUCGUGCCUUUGUGUGAAUGCGAGCUGCAGGCAGAAGUCCGCGAAGGGACCGAUAGUUAAGUAGGAAAGGAAAAGGUCGGCCUAGUGCACACACAGUCUUGGUUUGUGUCAAAUGCUCGAGGAGUUACUCGGGCCGACGGCAAGGGCCUACAUAGACGCGUGACUGCCAGUAGAUUAAGUGUGUUGACCCGUCCCUGUAGGCUUUUCCUUGAGUUGACAGUGGUAGGAAGGGCGAGCGCACGAACGAUGCACUCCGUUCCAGUAAAUGUUAAUCCACACAGAUCCCUCGGUGAGUAGUUUCACUGUCAUCUAGCCUCUGGAGUGGGAUAGGGCGCAGAGAGCGUCGAACGCCUGGAGCUCAGUUUGCAUAGACAUGAAAAGGCGUUACAUAGCCGGAAGCGGACCACAACCGAUGAUUGGGGUUUGAAAAUAGUAGAUAGAUCAAAAUUAGGAAAACAGACUGAACUGCUGGGUCAAAUGCAGGACCCUGUAACCGAUACUAGUCCUGUUAUGAAAUCUACCUUGGUUUCGUGAAAAGGUGUCGGACACCGCAGUUUCCUUUCGCUGGUUUCUUCUAGUGGCGCAAGAAAGCAGGGCUAGGAAUUCGAGAUGGGGAACGGUGUAGCAAUGAUGCCAGUUUGUUACUACUUCAAUCACGUGGAGAUUAGAACUUUGUGACUGCGGGAGUAGAUCAUGAACUGCGACCGCUCACAAUUAAAUCGCAUUCUGCAGAACAUCAUAAGUCGGGGACGGCAACAACAAUCACAACGGGCUGGGCAAAUUGCAGCCAGGACGUGUGCUGUGCUGUUGCCAUCCGACAGCGACAACUUGUAUUGAUCGAUUCACUUUGUUCGCUCCACGAGCGAUGGCGCUUGAUUGGCUCUGGCAGCUGCGUCUGUUGUGGUGUCUAAACGGUUUGACGUAGCCCUAUAGCUUGACAGCUUUGCCUGUCAGUGCCGAACCGUCGUCUCCUCCCUCGCCUUUGUAUGUGGUACUGAGUGGCACUCAGUCCAACUAACUGGGUGCUAUGUGGACGGAACGCAGGAUUUUUUGGGAUACUUCUAGGAAGUACUUUUUUUACAAAAGAACUUCCGCUACUCAGAGCAAGGAAAAAUCCUGGGCCUCCUUAAGGAGGGACUUUUCUUUUAACAUCGUAUCCCUAUGUUGACUUUGGCUUCUAUUGUCUACGACGUUCACAUGCAUUGCAUUUGGUUUGAAAACUAAUGCACCUGUUUUCUACUCAGGCGGUUGUAUUGAUGCAGUUGUGUCCGUCCGUCGCACAGGUCCAACGAAGCUUGCUGUCGGCAGCCUGGUCAAAUGCGUUACUGUCGUUUAUUUCAUUUCAGCUAUGCCCUUCCGUCAGGCCUGCUUUCACAGUUUUCAAUGGAAGCAGUAUCAGAGUCUGACUUCCAAUGUUUCAUUCGCCGGUAUUAUUCUGCUUCUUUUCGCAGAACGACAUUCUGCCUAUGACGUCCUCCCUACCUUUCAUCUUCUAUCCCCGUCUAGAAUUUCCGCCUGCCUGGAGCAUCACGUGGCCCUGGAUGGACCGAUGCUGGUUCGGCUUAAUACUCUCAUGGGCGAGGUGAUCGGUCUUAUCCGCCGGCUGGGUGAGGCCAACCUGGAUCUCUGCGUUUUUUGCCGCAACAACAACGAGACAUUUGAAAUGUACACAAGUCAUAAGGUUGGUUCUAGUUUCCAUAUAUACUAACCCUUUCUCUUUUGCACCGACAUGUAAGCAAAUCAGCUUACCUUCAGUCGCGAGCUUCAAGCUCUCUUGUAAAUAGCAACACCCACCAGCAGUGUUAGGAAGCGGCGCGAUGAGGGUCGUAAUUAGUAUGUACAUAGAAUACCUGUUUUUCCACUGACUUGGGAUUGCGUGAAUUUUUUCCUCAAUUAACCUUUUGACACGAAAUGUCUUCUUGGAGUCUGUCUAGCCUCUGCGGUGAUCGAACGGAUAUGAGGAGACAACGGUAGGAUUGAUUCACCUUCAUUUGAAGCAGUCUCUGUAGAAUUACGGACCCUGGAAGGUUGGAUUUUGUGAUCGUCAGUUCAGUGCGCUGUCUACUGUCAAAAUUGUCGCUUUCCCAGACCCGACUGCUCUUCCAAUAGCCCUUCUACUUUUCGCACUUCAGAGGAACACCGAUAAAACGCGCUCGUAGUCCACUUACGUCAAAGGCACACCUUGGUCACUUUCCUUUGCUGCAUCGUCUUCAUGCAGUGGAACUCUUAAGUCUGUAGAAUGAGCCCUGGACUCACAAUAGGGACGAGUCUUGGAGCACUGCUAAAUGUUGUCAUUCGUCAAGACUAAAAGUCGGAUUGGCCGUUUACAGUAGGGCACCGGGUACCGGUCUUUUCCAUUGCAGUGAGAAUUUUGAGGAGUCGGAGGACUCUCAGGGCAUUCACUCUACGUGUUCUGGUCUCAACCGCGUUCGGGACAAUUCCUCUCGACUCUGAUUAGACUCUGCAAACUGCGAAUUUGUCCCCCGUAUUACGUAUUAGUUGAUAUGAACUGUUGGUGUCAGUACGGUUUAAGGUGUUUUCCAUUAAACCAGUGAUCGAAAAUGAUAAGUUCCUGCUGUCCUUUCCAGUCGUACGUUGUCAAUCAGUCAUAGUAACUUCCUAUAGUGUUGUCGGGGCCAUAACUCACUCGUUGGGACACCUCAGUGAGUUAUCAAUCGUUUCCUCCGGUGCGUCAUGCAUGAGUUCCUCCUAAGUUCCGUUCUUGAUGCCAAGUGAUCCGAAAAUUCGUCUCCCAUGCAGCUGCGUCGUUUUAGACGUCGUAUCUGGCCCUUCGGACUACCCCUUAAGUGGACCCUAGGGCGCGUUCGGACCAAGACGGCACUGAAUGUAUUGACAAGAGUAGCUCGCCUUUAUCUUACCCUAUGGACCCGACUAAGGCAUCGCUCGUUCACGCAGGUACUGCCAACGCGUCCUAUCACCGAAGCUGUCGAGAUUGCCUGGAACCCACAUUGGGUCUCCCCAGAUCACGUGUUUGUUAUCUGACUAAUUAAUAGGUGUUUUUGGCGUCCAUUCUGACCCAACUGUGAAAAAAUCAGCGACGACGGUGGGAUUCGAACCCACGACAGCAAGGGGGAGGCUUCAGUACAACCAGCGCUCUACCCACCUGAGAUAUGAGGGGAGGCCCCACCGAGAGCCGUCAGUUUAAUCACGUUUUGGUCAGGUUACCCGCCUAGCCUGCUGCGACGUAUGGAAUCCACCAAAUCUGCUGGUUACUUAGAAAACCCCGUUUGGGAUGUAAGCUUACUGCAUCCAACUUGGUGGAUUCCAUACAUUGCAGUAGUUUGGGCGGAUAACUUGACCCAAAUGUGAUUAGACUCACGGCUCUCGGUGGGGCCUCCCUCAUAGCUCAGGUGGCAAAAGCGUUCGCUGUACUCAGCCUUCCCCUUGCUGUCGUGGAUCAGAACCCCACCGAGGUCGCUGAAUUUUUCACAGGUGGGUCACAAUGCAGCGUUUGUCUUCUUGCUGCUGGAGACGAGAAGAAGCUUAACUAUUGGGCUGAUAUGCGGUACACUUCGAAAAAUGAGCCAUUCCAAUGUGGCGAAUAUGGUGCUUGGGGUUAGUCCUUUUUCACAUAACCCUUUUGUGACUGGAAUGCGAAAGUUUACUUUAGUCGUUCACCAUUAUCGUAACCCCGGGGCAUUUGCACUGUCUGGAUCAUCGAGACGUUGCCAUUUCCAAGUCAGUUUCCUCGAGUAUGUAGCUGCCCCCCCCCCCCCUCGUCGGUGUCUCGUCGUAGUAGCCCCAGUAGGCCAGACAAAUGAAGCGGGCGCUGCCGCCUUCGGGUUUAAAAAUCGAAUAAAUAUGUGGCGGUUUUUGUUGGUGCUAUGAUUACACAUCGUCCCCCUUGCCUUUGGCGGCGUCAGUACUUGUUCCGCCCUACCUACGCACCAGCACGUACUGUCGGCCCCGUGAGCGAUGUGGGCGUCACACGGCACUGACAACCUAGUGAUUCAAUGCUUGCCGUAAGUAUGCUUUCGGAUCACGAUCGCGAGUUCAGCUUCGGCUACCGGCGGUGGACAGAUUUUCCACGGCCUUUUAACUGAGUGACUACGGCGGACACGGCUGCUUACCCCCAUUCAGUACGGCUCUGAAUGUCCUGAACAUGUCCUCACCUGAAUGUCCUCACAUGUGUCUGUCGUGCCAAAUUUUAGUUGACCCCUCCUGCCCGCUUCUUCACAAGACUCAGACCUCCAUUGGGUCCAAGGAACUCUGCCGUGCUUUGAUGACCCGUGUCAGCAUUUAUGUGGACUUUCUCUCCCCACGCCUCUAACGAGGCUCCGUUGUAGGGUUGUAGUAACAGCUCUAAACUCAUGGGUGGCGAAAAACGUGCUCGAAACACCUCAGCCGUUCUCCCCGAACCGCCUGAGCUGUACACUCAACAUAGUCGCAGCGAGUACGGAUCGCCCCAUUCGAGACGAAUCGAGUAAUCGUUCUUCGGCCUUUGUGGCGACUAAUAUACGGAAGUCAGCUGAUGAUCCCUUUUCAAGGCUUGGCUCAGGCGAUAAUGCGUAAUUGCCUUAAUGCUUGACAGAAACUUUACCCCGACACAUUUGCAACUGUUGGCUUCUCCAACUUGACGGCUGUUAGUCACCAGAACUGCUUUCUUCUUUGAGCUGCAUUCAGAAAGUACUUUGGUACUAUCAGCGUUUGUGUAUACAAGUUAACUUGAAGGAAUAUUUCCCCGGAAUGAAUUUGAAGCAAGCAAGAACAGCAGAAUUUAAUGGCACCACAAAAUUUCGCGACCGCUUCUCAACUGCUGCCGGUCGUUGCAUAACAGAAAUAACAAGUGAGAAAGGUACAAAGGUUUGAAUUUCGACAGAGAAAAUCGAUGUAAAACAGCAAGGUCAACGUGUACUGCGCGUAGACUAAUCGAUAAAAUGGUAACUUCAAAAUGCAACAUGGGAAUGAAAAUGGGGAACUAGGCAUGCCGAGGGAUUUCGAAACUCACAAGGGGCUCGGGUCUACCAGGGCAAGCUGAGGUUGACCACGUGGUCUAACUGUUUACAUAGGUCGGGUUUCUCCCGCCGUAUAUAGGCUGCCUCCAGGUAGCGCAAUAAACGAGUAGUUCGUGCUCGAACUAAUACUCGAAAAGACGUCUUAGGGUCAACCGAAUGGCCACUAUCAAGGAGAUGUUUUGUAAUGGAAGACCGUGGAGUCUUGUUCUCCUGCUUUAGAAGCCAUUUAGGCAGGUGCUCAACUGCUCUGGCUGCCAGUUGCCUUUGCGUUCGCCCAAUGUACUUGCAUCCACAAGUACAUGCAACGACCGGCAGCAGUUGAGAAGCGGUCGCGAAAUUUUGUGGUGCCAUUAAAUUCUGCUGUUCUUGCUUGCUUCAAAUAUACAAGUUAAAUUGGCCUGACAACCUCUUUCAUCCGAGAAUGCGUUAUGUAGUUCGUAAGACCGUCGUUACCGUCUAUCGUGUGCUCCACAACAGGGUGGGAGUUGGGGCGGUGACUUACGCGUGAAUCGCUUUACAGCGAUAGUAGACUUUCGCAGCCUCUACCGCACUCUCUCCUCCCUUACCUGGACCGUUGCCAUGACGGAGUCAAGAAGAGCGGAAGCGGGAGGGCGCAGGUGACUGACACGGCGAAUACCCAUACCUAGGCGUAACACCUCACCCCCCUGGUCCAUAACGUACACUGACCAGGAUUUUAUACAACAGCAAGAGGGCGGCGGCCGCUCAGAUCCGAAUUGGCGCAGCGUGAGCUUGCCAUUGGGUUGGAUUCGAACCCACGACAGUCGGGUCAAAGUGAAUCAUUUGAAAUCUGAAUUACGUGAGCCUGGUAGUCAUCUGGUGGGUUCUAGGUGAAUUACUUAGGAAAUCCUUCUUGGGAAGUCAACUUACUGUAUCAGAUUUGGUGGAUUCCAGACGUUGCACUAGGUUGGGCGCGCAAACUUGACCCAAAUGCGAUUAAACUCGCGUCGCCGGUGGGGCCUCGUAGCUCAGAUGGUUAGAACGUUGGCUGUUCCAAGGCCUCCCCUUGUUGUCGUGGGUUCAAAACCAACCGAGACACUGAGUUUUUUAGUUUGGUCAAAGUGAAUAAUCAGUGUUAAAACUCCACCGAAGUGGUCCUUUAUAACCGGAAAUUUGUUUCAGAACCACGGUUCGGCCGUCGCUGCCGACGAUGUCCACCGUGUGCUCCACGGCAGAGUGAGUGCAUGGACACGGUGACUUGGGCAUGAGCUAGUUUGUGAUUACUUAUGGUGAGUUAGUUUAUGGCAGACCCGCGCAGAAUCCACCACUCUCCUCAUCUCACACACACCAUAACAGUGGGGCCGCAGAGGGGGGACAGAUGGCCGGCACGGCAAAAACCCCACCUAGGCGUACCACCACUCCCUCCCCCUGGCCACAACGUACAUUGACCAGGAUGUUACAAAGCAAGAAAAGAGAGGAGCGGCUUGGAUCCCAACUGUCGCGGCUCGCUGCUACACCCCCAGUGUCGGCAUCUGCUGUGGGUGCGUAUUCCCAAUAAAGCCUGUCGUACCUCGACCUAGCCCUCGUGUUGAUCCAGCACGCAUCUACCACGUGGCCCGUUUUAGGGGCGUCACGCGAGUCACUAUAAAUAGGACGGACGGCAGGCUCCGGGAGCGACGUCCCCAUCGGGUCCCUGACACGACGUCGGGUGACUGUGAGUGUCGUUAACGAAGACUCGGCAGCAUCUGUGCCGCGAUCAUUUUGAAACCACCUAAUAAUGACGGUCAUGAAGGAGUUUCUAGUGAUUCCAAUGAGACUUUUGCGACGGUAGUUCUCCCUCUACUUAAGGACAAGCGCAAGGACGACUGGGUUACUGGCCAAACCCCGAACUAAGGUAGGGGUGCCGAAGUUUACAUCCAACCAGGUAGGAAGAUGCGCCGUCUAGCAAGGCCCUUCUCCUCCUCUGUGGCCUGAAUUUAAGACCCGAUUUCUCGUGGCCUGCACAGAAGGAUUUCCGCGAAGAUAAGAAAUCACGAACUUUUAUAAGGGAGGAGAUUCGUCUUUCCAUACGGAAGGUAUUCCAAAAUCAAACAAGGUGGUACCGGAGUAGUGCUAAACUAUUACCUGCAGCGUAACUACUGACUGUUGUUUCGCCUUCUGCCGUGUCAUUGUUCCCUCUUUUCUCUGAUAUAUAUACUAGGUUAAGGACCGGACCGGCCGGGUCACGUGUCCAAUCCUGAGGCGUUUUGUGUGUCCCUUGUGUUCCGCCACUGGGGACCGCGCUCAUACCAUCCGGUAUUGUCCGCUUUCUGUACAGUCUGGUCGCUUGCCCAUUCAGGGAGUCUCCACCAACCCUGCAGCUACAAUGGGUUCCCUUGAUUCUAUUAUUUCCCAGCUCUCUGGCAUGUCGCUGCGCUUAUAA